ACUCUGCACCACAACUCCUCUGGUUUGAGACUAGAAGGGUGUCUCUUUCUUUCUCAACCAUUUCCCCCAUCACUCAGGACCCCUUUGUCUGUACAUCUCUUAUCAGUGACUUAUCACUGCUUUUCUCAGCCACCUUCCAUCGGGAGGUGCUGGAAAAGCCAGCAAGGGGAAUUUGCCAGGAGGAUAAUGACCAAAAGUCCAGCUUGCAGUCAUUUUACAUAACUGAUAUUAUUUUUUCUCUUCAAAAACAAAUACAUUGGAGUACUGCUACUUCAGCUCAGGGUGUCCCCUUUGUUUCUUCUGAAGAUGAGGAGGCAUCGGUUGUUACCGCUGUGUGCCCUUCUGGGUGUCCUGUUUACAGGACUCCUCCCUAAACUUGAUGCUCAGGAAGUCUUGACAGUUGGAAAUCGAGACAUCAUUUUCCUAAUCGACAGUACAAUGGGUGCAACACUCAUCAACUCCGUGCGUGAAUUCAUCAAGCGGUUUGUUGACACUAUGCCAAUUGGUCCAGAUGAAGUUCAAGUGGGUGUGGCCCAGUUCAGCAAUGUCCCUCGACUUGAGAUGGAUCUCAACUCCCAUGGAUCCAGGGAUGCUUUGACUGCUGCUUUGGGCUCUAUCAAACCAAGACCUGGACAGACAGUCAAUAUUGGAGCAGCCUUGGACUUUGUGCGGACGAAUAUGCUGCAGCCUGAGAAGGGAAGUCGUAUUCAACAGGGGAUACCCCAGCUUUUACUGUUGAUGACCAGUAAAAAGUCAAAUGACAGUGUGCAAGACCCUGCUAAGGCCCUGCAGCGAAUGGGUGUAUUGACUCUGGCUGCAGGCUCCAAGGCUGCUGAUGAGCAGGAGCUGAAAGAAAUUGCCUUUGCUGACAGUUUUGUGUUCAUGCUGAGGGACUUCCGCGCACUGCUACGCAACCCAAAGGCAGUUGUUGUUGCGCUCUCCACUCUAGCUGGGGUGGUGGUGACUGAAGUACCCACCGAGCCAGUGGUGGAGAUAACAACAGUGCAGACUCAAAAAGUGAUCCGAGACAUUGUCUUCCUUGUGGAUGGCUCGAACUACAUUGGCAGUACUAACUUACCCUAUGUGAGAGACUUCAUUAUCAACGUGGUCAACCAGCUAGAUGUACGUCCUGACAGGGUCCAGAUUGGUCUACUGCAGUUUGCGGAAAAUCCAAAAAUUGAAUUUUAUUUGAACAGCUACCAAAGCAGGCAAGAUGUUGUGAAUAAAAUCUCUCAACUCAGGCUGACUGGAGGCUCAGUUUUGAAUACAGGAGCUGCCAUGAAACAUGCCCUCACCAAUAUGUUCGUGCAAUCAGCUGGGUCACGCAGGAGUCAGGGAGUCCAGCAGGUGUUGGUUUUGAUCACAGGUGGUCCAACCCAGGAUGAGGUUAAAACGGUAGCUGAUCAGUUGGCUCUGGAUGGGGUUUUGACCUUCACAGUCAGUUCUGGGCAGGCAGAUGACGCCCUCAUGAAAACAGUCGCCUUUGUUUCAAAAUUGGCUUACCAUGACAGAAGCUUCUCUAACUUACCAGCUAUGGCUGAAGUAAUCAUGCCACAGUUGAUAACAGUUGUUGGUACUACAGAUGUGACAUCAGUCCCUGAAAAACCUGUUGCUGUUCCUGGAGCUGAAAGGGAUGUUGCCUUCCUUAUUGAUGGCACAGACAAUGUUCGAGCAGAUUUUGGCUACAUUCGGGAUUUUAUCAUGAAAGUAAUUGAACCGCUUGACAUUGGGAUUGACAGGGUACGAAUUUCAGUGGUUCAGCACAGUGAGAGACCAACUCCAAGUUUCUACCUUAACACUUACCAAACCAAAGAUGAGGUGAUAAGAGCUGUCAGUGAGAUGACACUGGCUGGUGGACGUAGUCUAAACACAGGAUUGGCUCUAAGAUUCAUGAAGGACACCAUCUUGUCUGAAAGGCAUGGUAGUCGGGCUGCGCAAAACGUCCCUCAGUUUCUGAUCGUUUUGACUGGAGGCAGAGCCAUGGAUAAUGUGAAGGAGCCUGCUGGUGCGCUGAAGACAGAGGGAGUCGUACCAUUUGGUGUUGGUGUCAAGGAUGCAGACCCAAAGCAGAUUGAGGCCAUUUCACACAACCCUUCCUUUGCCUUCAAUGUGAAAGAAUUCAGAGAUCUUAGCACCGUGCCACAAAGGCUCAAUAACUAUGUGAGCCUUCCAAGGGAAGAGCUAGACAUCAUCCUACAACAAGCUGAGUUGCAGGGCCCCUGGAAGGAUGUUGUUUUCCUUGUUGAUGGAUCUGAUGGUGUUGGACUGGAAUUUCCUAUCAUCCAGGAGUUCAUCCGUAGGGUCGUGGAGAGUCUCAACGUGGGCGAGAAUAAGAUCCGGAUUGGCGUAGUCCAGUACGGUGACUUUGCUCAGGUUGACAUGUAUCUGAACUCGUAUACAACCAAAGAAGGUGUAAUGAAUGCUGUAAGGGAAAUGAGGCAGCGAGGAGGAAGACAGCGUAACCUGGGUCAGGCUUUACAGUUUGUCAGUCAGGAUGUUCUGACAGCAGAACGUGGAAGCAGGAAGCAAGAGGGUGUACCACAGUUUCUGAUUGUCGUCUCCAGUGGGUCUUCUACAGAUGACAUCAGUCGUGCAGCGUCUUCCCUCAAACAAUCCAGAGUUCUUCCCUUCAGCAUUGGGACGAGGGAUGUCAAGCCUACAGAGCUCCGGGUGGUGUCAUAUGUGCCUAACUUUGCCUUCACUGUAGAUGACCUCCCUGGCCUGUACACAGUCCAAGAAAAUUUAAUCACUGCUCUCACUGAGCUAUCAGAGGAUGACAUUGCCAGGAUGCGUCCAGCAUUCCCAACUUAUGAUGUAAUCCAACCAGCACCCGCAGGAGGAGAAAAGAGGGAUGUCGUAUUUUUAAUUGAUGGUACGACGGCAGUGCGUAGUGAGUUCCCUUCCAUCCGUGAAAUGAUAAGAAGAGUUGUGGAGAAGCUGGAUGUAGGAUUGGAUAAGGUCCGAGUUUCAGUGGUACAGUACAGUGAUGACCCGAAGUUAGAGUUUCUUCUGAACCAAUUCUCCACCAAGGAUGAGGUACGCCAGGCUGUGAUGAAACUACGAAGCAAUGGUGGAAACCACCUAAACACAGGUCGUGCUCUUGAGUGGGUCUCCAGAAACAUCUAUCAGAGGUCAGCGGGAAGCCGCAUUGAAGAUGGUGUUCCUCAGUUCCUCAUUCUAGUUACAGGUGGCAAGUCUACAGAUGAUGUAUAUACUCCAGCUGUCCAACUUAAGAGAAACCAGGUUGCACCUCUUGCCAUUGGUUCAAGGAAUGCAGACCCUGAUGAACUGAAACUGAUUUCUCUGAAGCCUGAACUUGUAUAUACAGUUGACAGUUUCCAGCAGCUUCCAAGAGUGGAGUCACAGCUCAUUGAUUCAGUCAAAACAAUAUCCACCACUGAUAUCAUCAGUAGUUAUGUUCCUUCAACAGUAGACCCCAUAAAUUAUGAGAGAAAGGACAUUAUCUUCCUCAUUGAUGGCUCAGACAAUACCGGUGCUGCUGGCAUUGCUCAUAUCCGUGACUUCAUCCUCAACAUUGUCCAACAACUUAACGUGCAGCCUGAUCAAGUGCGUGUGGCUGUUGUCCAGUAUGCAGACAAAGUUAAAACAGAGUUCUCACUCAACUCACACAACAACAAGCCAGCUGUUAUCUCUGCUAUCAAAAGACUUCGUCAGAUGGGUGGGCGGUCAUCAGACCUGGCUGAUGCCAUUAACUAUGUCAUGCGGAAUGAGUUAAAAUCCUCUGCUGGUGUUCGUCUGGCUGAGGCCUCCCAGCAUCUUGUGGUUCUCACAGGUGGACGUUCCCCCCAAGAUGUUUCUAUCUAUGGACCUUUGCUUAAAGGCUCCCGGGUAAACUGCAUCGGUAUUGGAGCAGGUGGUGCUGACACAAGGCAACUAAACCAAAUUGCCAGAACCUCAGAGGAUGUCCUUCAGGUUACUACAUUCCCUGACCUCCCAACAAUCAAAGAGAGGUUUAUUGCCAGGUUGAGGGGUACUAUCCUUGAGGAACCAACCAACGUCUAUGAGGAUCCUAGCCUGCCUCCACCUAAAAAGGCUGAUAUAGUAUUUUUGGUGGAUGGCUCCAUUAACUUGGGCCGGGAAAACUUCAGUGAAGUGAUGUCAUUUAUCAUCAACCUAAUUGACCUUUUCUUCAACGAGAGAGACAACCUGCGGAUUGGCCUGGCACAUUAUGCAGCAGAUGUGACUGAUGUCUUCUACCUCAACACAUACAAGCACAAGCAAGACAUUGUAAGCGCCAUUGCACGAGAAGAGUACAAAGGUGGCCGUAAAAUCAGCACUGGUGCAGCCAUUCGUCAUGUUCAAGAUGUUCACUUUACCAAAGAAAAAGGCAGUAGGGUGGAUGAGGGCACUCCCCAGAUCCUAAUGGUUAUCACUGGAGGACGCUCAGCUGAUGACAGCAAAACAGCAGCCCUUGGCCUGAAGAAAAAAGGUGUGAGAGUCUUUGCUGUAGGAGUGGGUGACAUUGAGAAUGAGUUAGAAAACCUAGCAAGCGAGUCUUCCACUGUUGCUCGAGCAAGCAACUUUCAGGAACUUUCCGAGCUUAAUGAGCAAAUCCUGGAGACUUUGGAUGAUGAAGUGAAGGGGAAGCUGUGUGUUGGUGUGCAAGAAUCUCAAAAAACCUGCAGCGUAGAGGUGUUGGUGGGCUUUGAUGUUUCUGAUCAGAACAUCUUCAGUGCUCAGACCAACCUCCAGAGCAAGAUGGGUGCCAUUCUGCAGAGGAUUUCCAAAAUGGCAGCUAUCAGUUGCUCAUCUGGGCAGAUUCCCUCUGUACAAGUGGGUAUGCUGGCCAUGGACUCUGCCUCUGAGCCUGUCCAAAUGGACUUUACAGACAAUGCGGAUGAGCUCUUUGAGGCCUUCAGAGUCCUGCGGAAUCGUGGCCCCUUUGUCCUCAAUGGCAAGACCAUCUCAGCUUACACCAACAGGUUCAAAACCAGACAGGACAGUGUGGUCAAGGUUGUCAUUCAUUUGACUGAUGGUCUUGAUGCCCCAUAUGCUGAAAUGAAAAAGCAAGUUAGAAAUCUUCAACUGUCAGGAGUAAACAGUUUCAUUCUGGUCGGGCUGGAGAGGGUGCCGAAAUUCGAGGAGGCUUUGCUGCUGGAAUAUGGGCGUGGCUUCAGGUACACCAGACCCUUACGAGUUAAUAUCAUGGACUUGGACUAUGAGCUUACGGAAGAACUGGACAACAUUGCAGAAAGAGAGUGCUGUGCAGUGCCUUGCAAAUGUACCGGCACCAGAGGAGACCGAGGAGCAAUUGGACUUCCAGGGUCUAAGGGUAGUCCAGGAUCACCAGGAAGCCCAGGACAUCCAGGAGAUGAGGGUGGACCUGGAGAGAGAGGUCCUCCUGGUGUGAAUGGAACACAGGGUUUCCAGGGAUGUCCUGGACAGAGAGGUGUUAAGGGUUCUCGUGGGUACUCAGGAGAAAAGGGUGAAUUUGGAGAAAUUGGGCUUGAUGGCAUAAACGGAGAAGAGGGCAAAAGUGGAGUGGCUGGACCCCCAGGAGACAGAGGAAACCCUGGCAGAAGAGGUCCCAAAGGUGCCAAAGGACAAGCAGGAGACAGAGGAGAAAUAGGAAUCAGAGGAGACCCUGGUACAAGCGGACAAGAUAACAACCAGGCAGGACCUAAAGGAGACCCUGGUGAUGCUGGAUCAGUGGGAGAACCUGGUGACGAUGGAGAGAAGGGAGGCCCUGGUGUAGUCGGAAGAAGGGGAGCUGAUGGCAGAAGAGGCACACCUGGAAAGGCUGGGAAUCCCGGGAAGCCAGGAGCUGAUGGUGUGCAGGGAGAGCCUGGUAUUGGAGGAUCUAGAGGUCAACCUGGACCUAAUGGUGCCCCAGGACCAAGAGGAGAAGAUGGGAACCCUGGACCCAGGGGUCCUGGAGGUAAACCAGGUCCCACUGGGGAUAAGGGCAGAAGAGGAGCUCUUGGUCGUAAGGGAGAACCCGGAGAGCCAGGCCCUAAGGGUGUUAUUGGACCUCUUGGCCCCCGUGGAGAGCCUGGUGAAGAUGGUAGAGAUGGCUUUGGUGUCAUAGGGCCCAAAGGAAGACAGGGUGAUGAAGGCUUCCCUGGAUUCCCAGGACCAAAGGGAACAGCUGGUGACCCUGGCAACAAGGGCGGACCUGGACUUAGAGGAAAUCGUGGACAGAGGGGUGUCUCUGGGAACAUUGGUACACCUGGACAGAAAGGAGAGGUUGGAUAUCCUGGGUCAUACGGUCAGAAAGGGCCGAGAGGACCAGGUGUUGUGCAAUGUGACCUGAUCAAGAAGAUUAGAGAAAACUGUCCUUGCUGUUAUGGUCACAAGGAAUGCCCACUCUACCCGACUGAGCUGGCCUUUGCCCUGGAUGCCUCUCAGGACAUUGACCUUAGAGCUUUCAACAACAUGCGUGACACAGUCCUGCGCCUGGUCAGAGACAUCACCAUCACUGAGAGUAACUGUCCAAGAGGAGCUCGUGUUGCUUUGACCCUGUACAACAAUGAAGUUACCACUGAGGUUCGGUUCGCUGAUGCAAUGAAAAAGCGUGCUCUGGUGCAGCACAUUGAGGGACUGCAGACCCUGCAGACAAACAAGAAGCGCAGCUUGGAUAUGGCCAUGAGCUUUGUGGCUCAGAACACCUUCAAGAGGGUGCGCAGUGGCUUCCUAGUGAGGAAGGUGGCCAUCUUCUUUGUUGGUGGCCCACUCAGUCAGGCACAAACAGUUACCAAUGCAGCUCUCCGCCUCCAUGAUGCUGGCAUCGCCACUCUGUUUUUGGUCAGCCGUGAGGAAAAAGCACUCAGCAGAACACUGCAGGUCAACAACACAGCCCUGGCCCAGGUAAUUGUCCUUCCCAGUCCUGGAAGUGCAGAGUACAAUUCAGUCAUCCAAAAGGUUAUGAACUGCCAUAUCUGCCUAGACUUCUGCUCUCCGGACCAGAUGUGUGACUAUGUGCCCCCAUCUGCCAGCCGAGAUAGGAGGUCUUUCAUCACAGAUGUGGAAAUUGACAUGGCUUUCGUCUUGGACAGCUCUGAGUCUACCUACCCAACCGUCUUUACUGAGAUUAAACGCUACAUAGCACAGAUAGUAGAACAGCUACAAGUGUCUUCAAAUCCAACAUCUUCCGUUCACCACGCAAGAGUGUCUGUGAUCCAGCAAGCACCUUACGAAUUCCUCCACAACAAAAGCGGCUCUCCCAUCCAUGUGGAUAUCGGCUUGACUGAUCACCACUCAUCUCAGGAUAUUGUCAGAUUCCUGCUGGAGAAGACACUGCAGUUAGAGGGUGGCCGAGCACUAGCAGCUGCCAUCGAAUCGACGGUGGAGCUGGUGUUUGAGAAGGCACCUCUCCCACGUGAUAGGAAAGUACUAAUGUUGUUUGUGACAGGAAGUGUGGAAGAAGAAGAGGAGCAGCUGGUGCGUAUUGCCACUGAGGUCAAGUGCAGAGGAUUCUUCCUGGUCAUCCUGGGUGUGGGUGAGAGGUUGACUGCAGGUGAUACUCGUGUCUUGUCACUCAUGGCCAGUGAGCCAUCAGACGUCUUCUUCAAAAGGCUGGAUAGCAUCUCACACUUUUAUGACAAACGCAUCCAGACUUUCAGCCAGCUGCUGCCAAAGUAUAUCAGCAGUGAAAAUGCUUUCUACAUGUCCCCUGAAGUUUCUAAAAACUGCAAGUGGUUCCAGAGUGACCAGGCACUAAAAAACCCUUUCACAACAUCACAGCAACAGGAGAAACAUCAGAAACAUCAUGAGAAUCACCAAGCAGUUCAUCGAAGAAAGCAUAAAAAUGCAGGUGAGCUACACAUCUCUAACGUCACCUCCAGCAGCUUGAAAUUGCGUUGGAGCAACCCAGACCCCAAACUCUUCGUCUAUUUUGAAGUAGUGGUUACGCGUUUGCCUGACCAUGCUCAGGUACUGAAGACCAACGUCUCAGGCACUGAGCUUUCAGUGGACAACUUACAAAGUACUCAGACAUAUCAUGCUGUGGUCACUGCCCGCACUGCAGAGGGUCAAAUUGUCUCCACCCGCAAAGGCAUCAUCACUACAAAAGCAACAGAGCAUAAGCCAGCCAGUCAAGACACCAGUACUGUAAAAACCACACCACUGGACAAACCAGAAACUGUUAAUGAAUUUGCAGACCCAUGCUCACUUGACUAUGACCCUGGAAUGCCAUGCAAAGACUAUCAGUCUAAGUGGUUCUUUGACAGAAAGCACGGGAUCUGUGCACAGUUCUGGUACGGAGGUUGUGGAGGCAAUGAAAAUAGGUUCAACACUGAGACCCUCUGCUUGCAAAACUGCAGGAGGUCAGUGCCAGAGCCUGAGCCAAAAGUGCAGCAGGGUGAACAGGUGGAGAUCCUCCCGGCUCCUGCGGCCUCUAAAGCUGUGGACAUUUGCCAGCUUCCCAAAGAGGAAGGUACCUGUGCCAAAUUUGUUCUCAAGUGGCACUACGAUGCCCCCAGCAAGAGCUGUACACGUUUCUGGUAUGGAGGCUGCGGUGGAAACCAGAAUCGCUUCGACACACAUGAGCAGUGUAUGAAGGGCUGUGGAAAACCAGCACCCGUCAACCGAGGAGUCAUUGCUGCAAUAAGAACAUAGGAAAAAAAAUGACAAACAUGGCCAGCUUUUACCUCUGCUCAGGGGAUUCUGAGAAGAACCAUCCAAAAUGGCCAUACUGUAAGGAUGCAAUACCAAAGCAACGGUGACUGCACUGGAUCCACAAAAAUGGACUUUAUACCCCAAAUUCUUGAAGUAGUCUUUUUCACAACAAGAAGGAAAGCAACACGAUUAGCUGCAUGAUUUGUUUUAACCUACUGGUGCUACAUAGUAUGUUUGUUUUACAGAUGGAGUUCUUAAUCGCAUUCAGUUUUGUAAAGUCAAGUUUUCUGGAACAUCAUAUGAGUUUUCAUAUUUUUUUAAAUGCAGUUUUAUGGUUGAACAAGAAACAUAUAUGAAUAUCUUGGACAGAUAUUAGCAAUAAAUCGAUACAUGCAGGACUGGCUUUAUUCAGUGCAGUAAUCUUUUUUAUAUUGUGUUUUUUUUACAUUCCACAUUCACAUAGCAACAUAGGCUUUUAUUGAUCUAUAUUGUUAUUCAAACUCACUCGAACCCUGUUGAAAUAUUCCCUCACUAUUUUACAGUCACAGAAUCCAAAGCAGUGUUUACACAAGUCUUGUAUGGUGGUGUGUGUAUUUAAAUGUCAGUGACCAACUGCUCGGAUGCAAAAACAUUAAUGUAACAUAAAGUGCACUUCUGGAGCCACUGCCUCAAAAACACAAGUUCCAGCUAUUGAGAUUUGGAAUGUACUUGUUAAGCUGUUUUUAUUUUUGUUUCAUUUGGUUUUACUGAAAUUAGUUUUUCAUCUGGGUAUAGGGGAAAUAAAAAUGAAUUAGACUUUCUAAUAAAAAUGAGCAACUGA